AGCUUUUUGAAUUCCAUUGUUAGUUUCCUGUAUCCCUGCUGAUGAGAUAGCUAACUGUAUUCCCUUGGUCAUCGAGAUAUGUUGCCGCCAUUGACGACGGCUACGCCUGCCUCCUCGUGCCUGGCGUCAGGUGGAGCGAUACGCCGUGAAUACUUCACCAAGCAUUGUCACAUUUCCAGGUCUUGUGGAGGAUCAUGUUUCCCAAAAACUUCAAGAUGUUCAUUGCAUUUCAAUUUCAAUGGUCGAACUUGUUCCCGAAUCGGAAGAGUGAAGACCAGGUGCCUGCACCACCAACAACAUAUAGUUCCCAACAUUACAUCAGACAUUUCAGAUGGCACCCGCCAAGAGCACAAUGAUGUCUUGAAAGCAACCUUGAUAUGGAGGGCGAUUAAGUUGCCGAUUUACUCGGUGGCUCUGGUUCCUUUGACUGUAGGUGGUGCAGCUGCUUAUUUGCAGACAGGCUUGUUUUCAGCUAGGCGCUAUAUCGUGCUCUUGGUAUCUUCAGUUCUUAUCAUUACUUGGCUCAAUCUAAGCAAUGAUGUCUACGAUUUUGAUACCGGAGCAGACAAGAACAAAAAGGAAUCGGUAGUAAAUUUGGUUGGCAGCCGCUCAGAACCCCUUAUUGCUGCCUACUUGUCGCUUGCCAUUGGCUUUAUCGGGCUGUCUUGGGUAUCUGUAGAUGCAGGAAGCAUGCGUUCAUUGAUCCUACUCGCUUUUGCAAUCUUUUGUGGUUAUGCUUAUCAGUGCCCACCAUUCCGAUUAAGUUACCAAGGAUUGGGAGAGCCUUUGUGCUUUGCAGCUUUUGGCCCGUUUGCUACCACUGCUUUCUACCUGUUGCUUGGCAGCACAAGCGGGACAAUCUUCCUCCCCUUGACACGCACGGUGCUUUCAUCAUCACUACUCGUAGGUUUGACAACUAGCCUUAUUCUGUUUUGUAGCCAUUUCCAUCAGGUUGAAGAAGAUAUAGCCGUCGGGAAAAUGUCACCUUUGGUAAAGAUGGGCACUGAGAGAGGUUCAAUGGUUGUCAAAGGAGCGGUCUUCGCACUCUAUUCUCUUUUAUUUGUUCUCGGUCUAUUCAGAACCCUUCCAAUAACUUGCAUUGUUCUUUGUGCCCUGACCUUACCUAUAGGGAAACUGGUAGUUAACUUUGUCAAAGAGAACCACGAGGACAAAGGGAAGAUCUUCAUGGCAAAAUAUUACAGUGUGAGAUUGCAUGCUUUAUUUGGAGCUGCAAUGACUGCAGGGCUUGUUUCAGCUAGGAUACUAGGCAAACCAGUCGGCGUAUAACACUACAAGAUGUUCAGACGACACUCCGUCGUGUACCAGAACUU